ACCAUCUUCACCUGCAAGUCCAUCAAAACCUAACAGCCUCGUCGGAGCGAGACUUGAACCUCGCUCGCAGAAUCGACGAGAACUGAUAAUUUUUUUCAGCUGAUUCGGCUCCUGGAAGCCUCCGUUCUACUUCAUCAUGGCCUCUAAUGGCGCUUCUACGAGAGCAGCGGAUGCGGAGAACAGCUUGGACAAGAUCAAGCGGCAGCUCGCGUCCGGUUCCGGCAGGAACUUGUUGCAGGGCCCGCUUCUCAAGCGAUCCGAAACUCUAAGGAAGUGGAACGAGCGCUGGGUGAUCCUAGACCCAACAACUGGAAGAAUGGAAUACAAAAUUAGGAGAAAUGAGCCAGCUGUGAAGGGUACCAUAAUAUUUGAUGCUAAUAGCACCAUUACAGUGUCUCCUGUAAACUUCCAUGGAUUGCCAAAGUAUGAUGGUUGCUGUUUGUACAUUGGGACUCCCACAAAGAAAGAUUACUUUCUAUGUGCUGAAACUCCUGGUGCGGCCAGAGCCUGGGUAUCUACUCUUCAUGCAACCCAGUUGGUCCUGAGGGCUCAUAAAGAAGCUGUAAAUUCCUUAAGUGGGAAUGGUUCUGCUAAACUAGGAACAGUUGCAACCGUAGUUGCUGCAGCUAAUUCAACAGCAUUGGAAUGUUCCAAAGAAAUUGAAGCAGCGAUGCAGAUUUCUAUGAGGAAUGCUCUUGGUAUGAUGACAAAUAAGCCAAUUGAUGGUCCAGUAGAUGAUAUGACAAUCAUGAAGGAGACCCUUAGAGUAAAGGACGAGGAACUGCAAAAUUUGGCCAGGAGUCUUCGGGCACGGGAUUCAACUAUUAAAGAAAUAGCAGAGAAGCUUUCAGAGACUGCUGAUGCAGCUGAGGCUGCAGCAUCUGCAGCUCAUGUAUUGGACGAACAAAGAAGAAUAGCUUGUGUAGAAAUUGACCGUUUGGCGAAAGAUUACGAGAAGCAUGUGGAAACAUCAAAACUGCAGGUGAAAGAGGCCGAAGGAAAGAUUAUCACUCUAAGCAGGGAAAGAGAUCAAUUAAUAAAGCAGAGAGAUUCUGCUCUUCAGGAGGCGCAGUUAUGGCGUUCUGAGAUCGCAAAAGCUAGAGAGCGUGCUGUUAUCUUGGAAGCAGCUGUUGUCAGGGCUGAGGAGAGGGCCAGAGUUGCGGAGGCAGAUGCUGGUACUAGAGUAAGGGAGGCUGAGCAGAAAGAGUCAGCUGCAACAAAGGAUAAACAGGAGCUUCUUGAAUAUGUCAAUGUCCUUCAAGCGCAGCUUCAAAGACAACACAUGGAUACAAAGCAGGUUUUUGAAGAAAAAAUCGAGUCUUGCUCAGAUAUGGGGAGUGCCCUUCCGUUGACAAAGCAUGUAGAUUCCUUGGAGGAGGAUGUGGAUAAAGCAUGUCUCAGUGUCUCUCGAGCGGCAUCGGUUUCUGGAGAAAAUGUCAUCCAUGUGACUGGUGAUCAAGAAAAUCUCCGGCCAAUUGCAGAUGGGGAGUGGAAUGAUAUUCAGGCUACUGAAGCAAGGAUAUCUGACGUUAGAGAAGUUGCUUCUCAGACAGAAGGAAGGAGCUUGGACAUUCCUGUUGUUAGUCAACCAGUUAAUAGUGAUCAAGGGCAAGGACAGAACGCAUACCAUCAGUCUUAAUGUUUGAUCGUGUGAAGGGACUGAUUCAACAAAUAAGCACUUAACAGUAUCAAAAUAUUUAAACACGGGGACUGGAACUCUACCAGAAAAGGUAAGCUU